AUGGAAAACAUUCAGAGGGCAUUGAGGAAGGCUGAUCUGCAGAACAACAUCAAGGUCUCCACACCAUACCCAACGUCCGUGUUGAACAACUCAUUUCCUCCGUCUGAGGGAACAUUUGGUGAGGAUAUGAGUGCUAUCCUUAACUUUCUAUCAGAUAAUGGCUCCACUUUCAUGGCCCACGUCUAUCCAUACUUCAGCUACAAAAACUCCGCAGUUUCAACUUCUGCAGACUAUUCGCUGUUUAGAUCGACAAAUACUGUGGUGACUGAUGGCAAUUUAAUGUAUAACAACUUGUUCGACGUUUUUGUGGACGCUUUUAUAUCUGCUAUGGAAAAGCUGGGACAUUCCAAUAUUCCAAUUGUAAUAACUGAUAGUGGGUGGCCCACUGCAGGCAAUGCCGUGGCUACUGUGGACAAUGCCCGAACUUACAACAACAAUCUCAUCAAGCAUGUUUUGUCAAAUGCAGGAACACCAAAGAGACCUGGAACGACAAUUGAGACAUAUAUUUUUACACUGUUCAAUGAGAAUCAGAAGACUGGGUCUGAGGCGCGCCAUUUUGGUCUGUUUGAUACCACUAAAAUUCCUGUCUACCCUAUGGACUUCCUAGCUGAAAGUUCUGUUUACCCUCCGCUCAGCUCACCUGAAAGUUCCAGGGAUUUAAAAGUGGUGUAUAUAUAUCUAACAGUAAUCUAG